AUGAUUUCUAGACCGACUCUUGCGAGGUCUGCGCAGCAGGCUCUCCGCCACUCGAGCUGUGCUCGCACCAUCUCGGGUCGCCGGUUCGCCAGCGCCUCUGCUGGCUCUGGUGCCUUCGAGACCUCCGACGUUGGCGGUGUUAAGGUUGCUGCGAGAGAUUCUCAGGGCCCGACGACCAAGCUUGCCAUUGUGGCCAAGGCUGGUACUAGAUACCAACCUCUUCCCGGUCUGGCCGCUGGUCUUGAGUCCUUCGCUUUCAAGAACACACAAAAGCGCUCUGGUCUGCGCAUCAUUCGCGAAUCCGAACUCCUUGGCAGCCAAUUGACCUCUUACCACACCCGUGAAGCUCUUGUCCUUGAGGCCAGCUUCUUCCGCGAUGACCUUCCUUACUUCACGGAACUCCUCGCUGAAGUUGUCUCCCAGACGAAGUAUACCACGCACGAGUUCCACGAGGAGGUUCAGCCCGUCCUUCGCCUGAAGCAGUCUGGUGUCAGCGCCGUUGCCCAGGCCCUUGAUGCCGCCCACUCUGUCGCUUUCCACUCUGGACUCGGCUCCCCCUUCAACCUUACGCCCUCUAUCCCCGUCCAGCCCUACUUGAGCGAGUACGCCGUUUCCGAGUUCGCCGAUGCUGCCUACGCCAAGCCCAACAUUGCCCUUGUUGCUGAUGGAGCUUCUGCCGCCAACGUCACCAAGUGGGCCGAGCAGUUCUUCAAGACUGUUCCCUCUAGCUCCUCUGGCAAGCUGUCUUUGAACACCACUGCCACCAAGUACUAUGGCGGUGAGCAACGCACCUAUGGCACCAACGGCAACGCCCUCGUUAUUGCCUUCCCCGGUGCCACCAAUGGCCAGGCCUCUCCUGAGCUCGCCGUUCUUGCUGCUCUGCUCGGUGGCAAGUCUAACAUUAAGUGGUCCCCUGGCUUCAGCUUGAUCUCCAAGGCUGUCGGCCCCGCCCCCGGCCUGUCCACCUCGACUAUUAACCUUUCCUACUCUGAUGCUGGUCUCUUGGCUGUUCAGCUCUCUGGCUCGGCCGCCGCCGUCCGUAACGCUGCUCAGGAGACUGUCAAGGCCCUGAAGAGCAUCUCUGAGGGUUCCGUCAGCAAGGAGGAUCUUACCAAGGCUAUUGCUAAGGCUAAGUUUGACGCUCUGGAAGCUACCGAGAAGCGCAGCGGCAGCAUUCUCCUCGCUGGAUCCGGCCUCGUCCACAGUGGCAAGGCCAUUGACGCUGCUGAGGCUGCUAAGUCUUUUGAGUCUGUCACGGUCGAAAAGCUUAAGGCGGCGACAAAGACUCUUCUGGACGGUAAGGCUAGCGUUGCUGCGGUUGGUGACCUGUACGCCCUGCCGUACGCUGAGGAGCUUGGCCUUCGGGUGUAA